AUGUUUGUGCUUAUUGCCGAAAAACUUGAUUUUCUGCUCGAAGAAAAAUGUCCCGAGGAACCUACUGAGACUACAAGCAAGUCCAAGAGGGCUGCGUAUGAUAAGUGGAUAGCUGCUGACAAGAUGAAGCUUGAAAGUCAAGAGACCUCUUAUGACAUACUAGAAAGCCUGAAGGGCAUGUUUGGACAUCAAAGUAGGAGGGCUCGCUUUGAGGCCAUUCAUACCUUACAGAACAUCCGCAUGAAACCCGGAACGCCUGUGAAGGAUCAUAUGUUGACUAUGAUUGCACAUUUCAACGUGACGGAGAAUCUGAGUGCAACUAUUAAUCAGGAAACUCAAGUUGAUAUGGUAUUGAAUUCUUUAUCCGAUAUGUUUUCACAGUUUACUGAAUAUGUCAUUAACUGA